UUGACAUUGACCAAAAAGAAUUACAGUGAUACUCCCUCUCACACACUUCUUUUCCGCAUAAAAUCUUCCCCUUUCCUCUCUCGAGAUUUCUCUCCCCCAUCUUCUCGCUCUGUCUUCAGUGCAGAGAUUUCUAUUCAGUCGACCAAAUGGACCAGUAUGAAAAAGUUGAGAAGAUUGGUGAAGGAACAUAUGGAGUAGUUUAUAAGGCUCGUGACCGCGUUACAAAUGAAACUAUUGCUUUAAAGAAAAUUCGUUUAGAGCAGGAAGAUGAGGGAGUGCCAAGCACUGCUAUUAGAGAAAUUUCUUUACUGAAGGAGAUGCAGCAUGAAAAUAUUGUCAGGCUACAAGAUGUUGUGCAUAGCGAGAAACGGCUGUAUCUGGUAUUUGAAUAUCUGGACCUGGAUCUGAAGAAACAUAUGGAUUCAUGUCCAGAGUUUGCAAAGGAUCCACGUCUGAUUAAAAUGUUUCUGUAUCAAAUACUGCGUGGUAUCGCUUAUUGUCAUUCCCAUAGAGUUCUGCAUCGCGAUCUCAAACCCCAAAACCUGCUCAUAGAUCGCCGUACCAAUGCUCUAAAGCUUGCAGAUUUUGGACUUGCCAGGGCAUUUGGAAUUCCAGUCAGGACAUUUACACACGAGGUGGUGACACUUUGGUACAGGGCCCCAGAGAUACUCCUUGGAUCCCGCCACUACUCCACACCAGUUGAUGUGUGGUCAGUUGGUUGUAUUUUUGCUGAGAUGGUGAACCAACAGCCAUUGUUUCCGGGGGAUUCUGAGAUUGAUGAAUUAUUUAAGAUUUUCAGAAUUGUGGGUACCCCAAAUGAGGAUACCUGGCCUGGAGUAACAGCUCUUCCUGAUUUUAAGUCUGCCUUCCCAAAAUGGCCAUCUAAGGAACUGGGAAACGUAGUCCCAAAUCUCGAUGUGGCCGGUCUCAAUCUCCUCAAAAAAAUGCUUUGCUUGGAUCCCAGCAGAAGAAUUACUGCCAGGAGUGCACUUGAGCAUGAAUACUUCAAGGAUAUCGGGAUUGUUCCUUAAGUCUUAUCUCUCCGGCUGGAAUUGUAUAUUCAUGAUAGAGUUUAUGGUGUUUGAUUUUUUAAGAUAUGUGUGCUAGUAUUUUGAUAAUUAUUUACUUUCCUUCUCCUUGGACGUGGUUCGUAUUGCAUCCAAGCUGGAUUGCUGGAGCAAUCAUAUAUAGUCUCUCCCUGCAUUCUAAAAUGUGAUGUUCAAUGGCACAUGUAUUGUCAAAUUUUUUGUAAUUCUUUGUACUGUUGCUAGGCAUACAUUUGAAAUCUUUUAUUCAAGGAAGUAUGUUUUGAUUGA